GUUCUGCUUCCUUGGGGCUUUAGCUAAGAUCAAUAGGAGAGUAGACCUAUUCGUCUUUCGCUCUCGUAUCCAAUGUGUUAACUGUAGUGCAAGACCUCUCCACCCCAGCUUCCUGACUGGUGGUAAGUCUCUUCCGUCUCGAUAACUAGGAUCUCAUCUUUAAAAAAAAACAGGUUUCUCUGGUUUUGAAACAAUGAGUUUAACGUUUUAAAAAAAACAACAACAAUAAAACUGUCUCAUUGGGCACCCGUUAGUGUGAAGCCGUGAUUAGACUGAAGAGGGGGCAGCGGUGAGACAGAUUUAGCAGCUUUGGUCCAUAUAAUUAUUCUAUCACUUUUCAAGAAUUCGGUUGUGGAUUACUUCAGCGUAACCCUGGUGAACGGGUGUUUGAGAGUAUACACUCAUCAACUGGGAGAAGCUGUUGACAGACUGUUACAGGAAGUAGGUGUGCUCCACCACCUGGUAGGAGUCUCUCCUGUAGCAUGAAAGGUGACAUACAAUGAAGACCGAGUAUUUCAUGAAACACAGCACGUGCUCUCCAAGAGUGUUAUGAUAAUAGUAGAAGCUGACAGCUUUAAUUUCACCAGCAGAACUGAUUGUGAGAAGAAACUGACCAUUUCUAACUGUCAGUCUGAAGCCAGCGGAACCUCGACUUCUUCUCAGAUUGUGAACGAAGACGGUCUUGACGACGAAACGUUUAUUAGCUUCCUAUAAGUGGUCUUCUUGCGUCCAGAGUAAAUGACCAUCAAAAGCCACCAGAGAUAAGAAUAUGAAGAGAACGCGAACUCUAAAGUGUCAGUUCCGCUUCAGAUAUAUAUUUACUUGCUAAUCACGCCAAGAAAUAACGACAGUAUUUUUGUGUUCCGGUUGAUAAUACCAUUUGUGAGUGAUUCAACCCAUAAAGUGAUCGUGAAAUCUUCCACUUCCUAGCUAUAUAACUAUAAUGUGCAGUUGACAAACUAUACGAAGUAAAAGUGAACCGAUCUUUGAGGCUCUGCAAUAUUGUUCGUUUGUAUGCUUCUUCUACCAAUACCAUCAUGGCGUCUUUGAUAGAGGAACGGACCAAGUGGUUGACCACAUCGUGUUGGACAGUGGUCAUCUCUUUCGCUAUUUUUGCCACCCCGGCAGAAGCAGAUAAUUCAACAACUAAAUGUAAAGAAGGUUUAAUAAUUCCUUUAUGGUUGCCUAAUCAUAACCUCAGUACGGGGGAUGUCAUUGCCAGGGGGAUUGUUUAUUUCAUCGGUUUGUGUUAUAUGUUUGUUGGAGUUUCCAUCAUCGCCGACAGGUUUAUGGCAUCUAUUGAGGUGAUCACUUCCAAGGAAAAAGAGGUAGUGAUUAAAAAACCAAAUGGAGAGAAGCAGACCAUUAGCGUGAGAAUAUGGAACGAAACUGUUUCCAAUUUGACCUUGAUGGCUCUUGGGUCAUCUGCACCAGAGAUAUUACUCUCAAUAAUUGAAGUUUAUGGGCAAAAUUUCGAAGCAGGGGAGUUGGGACCUGGCACCAUUGUGGGCAGUGCAGCCUUCAACAUGUUCGUUAUUAUAGGUUUGUGUGUUUAUGUGAUUCCCAACAACGAGAACAGACGGAUCAAACAUCUGAGGGUUUUCUUCGUCACUAUGACCUGGAGCGUCUUUGCGUACAUCUGGCUUUAUUUAAUCUUGACCUGGUCAUCGUACGGUGUUAUUGAAGUUUGGGAGGGAUUGACCACCUUCCUUUUUUUCCCAGCCACUGUACUGACCGCUUACAUUGCUGACCGUAGGCUACUGAUCUACAAAUUCCUUUCCAAAAAGUACAGGAUGAAUAAGAGGGGGGUUAUCGUUGGAGGGGAAGGAGAGGACUUAGAGAUGGCAAGUGCAGCUAAAGUCAACAAUAUUGCCGACGGAAGCUUAAAAGUGUUUGAAGAAGAAGAGAACGACGAGAUUCGAGAGUUUGAGGAGCACAGAAGAGAAUACAUUCAGAUUAUCCGCGAGCUCCGGCGGAAACAUCCAGACCGGAACAUGGAGGAUAUAGAGGUGAUGGCUCGCGAGGAAAUUCUUAACAAGGGACCCAAGAGCAGAGCAUUUUAUCGGAUACAGGCGACAAGGAAGCUGACUGGAGGAGGUAACCUUAUGAAGAGGAAGUUGGAGAAGCCCGAGGUAAAGAAGGAGCUCAGCGAAGAGGAUAUGGUCAAAGAAGAUAAAGUUCGUAUUUAUUUCAACCCCGGCCACUACACCGUGAUGGAAAACGUAGGGGAGUUCUCAGUUAAUGUUACGAGAGAGGGGGAUCCGAGUCCCACGGUUUGCGUCGACUUCCAAACAGAAGACGGCACUGCCGAAGCUGGUUCCGAUUACGAACCGGUGGAAGGAACAAUCGUUUUCCGCCCCGGGGAGUUACAAAAACAGAUAUUCAUAUCAAUUGUUGACGAUGAUAUCUUUGAAGAGGAUGAACACUUUUAUGUACGUCUGAGCAACCCUCGGUAUUUGGGGUCCGACGGUGGAUUGGGGGGAAUGAACGGAUCACUCGGGGGAUUAGCACGCCAUCCCCCCUUGCAUCUGGCAGCACCUUCAAUAGCAACAGUCAUGAUAUUGGACGACGAUCAUAGCGGCAUCUUCGCUUUCAGUGAAAAUCAGUAUGAAACUCCCGAAUCUUCCGGCACUAUUGAUGUGCCCGUGAGCCGUUCCAGUGGAGCUAGGGGCCGUGUGGUAGUUCCCUUCAGGACUCUGGACGGCAGCGCUAAAGGAGGAGUUGACUACGAUAGUACUGAGGGCGAGAUUAUUUUUGAUAACAACGAAACCACGUAA